AUGUUCAGAAAUCUACGACAAUAGUAUCAAAAGGAUCUUGAUUACCAUUUUAUGAAACAAUUUAAUAAAUCCUCUAUCAAUUUAAGAUGUGAAAACCACAAAUCUCCUUUUGCUAUUAAAAAAUACUUGUCCAAAGUUAAUAUAGCAUUUUAAUCUUAAUUAAACGAGCUAUCUCAAUGCAAUGAUAAAAUAUCUAAAUUCUCUAAGUAUUCAUCACAUUAUUAAUAUAGAAUCAAUUAUUAUGUAAGAUCUAGAAGUUCUUAAAAUACUUAUGAAGGUUAUCUCAAUUAAAGAGAUUAAUAAAUUCUUCUAUCCUUACCUUUUCAUUCUAUCAAAAUGCAUUAGAGGGAAGGUAUAAAAAAACUAUGGAGAAAAUAUAUAUUUCUUGUCAUUUUUCUAUUGAGAUAUAAAAAACAUCAAUAAGAACAAUUCAAAUUAAAUCUCUAAACUAAACAUCUUUAAUUAGGAACUCCUAAGAUUCUUAUUGAUACAACAAAAAAGAGAAGAAGAAAUGCUGGCAGUUAGUUUAAAUUAUCUACAUUUGCUGAAUAUAUUGAUAAUUAAGAUAAUAAACAAGAAUCAAAAACUAAAAGAAUAGAAGAUGAAAAAUUUAAGAAAAGUCCAGUUUAUUAAUCAUUUAAAUAUAAUGAUGUAAGAAUUUGCAGAUUGCUCAGAUUACGUAAUAAUAGUGUUCGAACAUCAAAUGCAGAAUCCCCAUUAAAAAUUAAUUAAUAAGUACCUAAAAAUAAUAAAUUGCCACCUUUAUAAUAAAUCGAUAAAAGAAUGUAAAGAGUUUAUUCGAAUUUCGGUAAGUGAUC